AUGAAAGGUCUUGCUCUCCUCGCGGCCGCCUCAGCAGCCUCGGCGCACACCAUCUUCGUGCAGCUCGAGGCGGGCGGCAAGACGUAUCCGGUAUCGCACGCCAUCCGGACCCCGACGUACGACGGCCCCAUUACCAACGUCAACUCUAACGAUCUGGCUUGCAAUGGCGGCCCGAACCCGACGACACCGUCCAAGGAGAUUAUCACCGUCACUGCAGGAACCACUGUCAAGGCCGUCUGGAGACACACGCUCACCUCAGGCCCCAGCAAUGUCAUGGAUGCGAGCCACAAGGGGCCGACGCUGGCUUAUCUCAAAAAGGUUGACAAUGCCUUGACCGACUCGGGCAUUGGUGGCGGCUGGUUCAAGAUUCAAGAGGAUGGAUAUAACGGCGGCACCUGGGGCACCACCAAGGUAAUCAACAACGCUGGCCUUCACUACAUAGACAUCCCUUCCUGCAUUCUUAACGGCCAGUACCUGCUCCGGGCCGAGAUGAUAGCCCUGCACGGGGCGGGCUCGUCGGGUGGCGCUCAACUCUACAUGGAAUGCGCGCAAAUCAACGUAGUCGGCGGCUCCGGCACCGCCAAGCCCAAGACAUACAGCAUCCCCGGCAUCUACAAGGCCAACGACCCGGGCAUCCUCAUCAACAUCUACUCGAUGUCGCCCUCAAGCAAGUAUACUAUCCCGGGCCCGCCCGUCUUCAAGUGUGACGGCAGCAGCGGCAGCAGCAGCGGCGGCAACAGCCCUGUCACGACCCCGCCAGAUGAGCCAGAGAACCCCUCGCCGCCGGCCACUCAGCCCGCGCCGGUCGACACCGGCUGCAACGUCGCCCAGUGGCAGCAGUGCGGUGGCAGCACCUACACCGGGUGCACCCAGUGCGCGUCGCCGUAUACCUGCAAGAAUAUCAACACGUACUAUUCGCAGUGCCAGUAA